CAACAAAAGUGUAAACAUCUCAAAACGAGAUUAAGAUGAUUUUCAAGAACUUAGCAAUACUUUUAUUUGCAACAUUACUCAUACUCAUACUGAAACCCGCAAAAAUAUGGCCGCUAAUUUGUAGUAGAUAUCCGACACACAUCUAUAAACCAAAAUCACCAGUAGAUGAUCAUUUCACCUUAUCGAUCAGUGGCAACCCUCAAACAUAUGUUCUAGGACAGAGCUACAAUGUUUCGCUUACUGCCUUCGGUGGGCGUCGAUUUAUUCGAUUUUUAAUUGCAUUAGAAAAUGAAGAUGGCAAUGCAAAUCAAAAAGAGGAUUUAGGCUCUUUCUUAUUAACAGACACAGUGGAGACGCGGUAUCGACCGAAUUGUACAAACAUGGUUGAUAGUACAAAUAUGGGACCUAAAAUAAAUAUAAACUUUGCCUGGGUAGCACCUCAAGAAUCAGAUUCAGGUUGUAUACUUAUAAGAGCAACAGUAGUUCAGCAUCGAGAUAUAUGGUUUAUGGAUGAUGGUGGACUAACUAAACGUAUAUGUAAAGAAAUAGUAGAUGAAACUGAAAGCCAAAAUUCACUAUCUUCCAUGCAACCCUGUUGUGCAUGUGAUGAAGCACGCUAUGAAAUAACUUUCGAACGACUUUGGUCUCGCAAUUUACAUCCAAAAGAUUUUCCUACUAAUGUUUGGCUGACACAUUUUAGUGAUAUGUUAGGUGUCGCACAUUCAAAUGAUUAUCGUUUCUGGGAAUAUGGUGAGUUAGCAACACCAGCAAUGAAAGUAUUUGCUGAACACGGAUCAUCACGUUUACUUGAACGGGAAUUUCAUGAUAAUUAUAAAAUGGGGAAUAUACGAACUAUAAUAAAAGCACGUACACCAGCUUUUCCUAAUGUCAAUGGCCGAGCUACAGCUUCUAUUCGUGUUGAUUCCAAACAUCAUUUAAUAUCAAUGGUAUCCAAAAUCGAACCUUCACCUGAUUGGUUGGUAGGCAUAACUGGUGUUAAUCUUUGUUUGCCUAAUUGCACUUGGCUGUUGCAAAAUGUAAUAAACUUAUAUCCCACCGAUAUCGGUACGGAUGCUGGACCUUCUUAUCUGUCUCCAGAUCAACCACAAGUACCACCUGAUGUUAUCAAACGGUUAAGAUCUGACUAUCCUAAUGAUUCACGGUAUCCUUUCUAUAAUAAAGAUGGAUCUGCUAUGAAACCAAUGGCAAAACUGACAAUUAGCAGAAGACGUUUAUAUUAUAGAUUAUGUGAAAAUGAAGAAUCAAAUGACAAUGACGAAGCUUUAGAAUGCAAUACACACCCAUGGCAGGAUUGGAGUGAAUGCUCUAGUAAAUGCGGUGAAGGAACACAAUUUCGUACACGAGACUACAAAGAACCUGAAGUAGCCAAAAAAUUCAAUUGUUAUAAACAGAAUUAUGAGGAACGCUCUUGUUUUGAAAGUAAUUGUGAACAUAACAAUCAAAAUCUAGAUAAUAGCCAAGAAGAAAGUAAUGACGAAUGUCAACUGACAUCAUGGGGCCCAUGGUCACCAUGCAGUAAAACAUGUGGCGAAGGCGUUAUGACAAGUUAUAGGCAAUAUACUAAUCCAAUGAUUAAAACAAAAUGUCAGAAUAUGCAUUAUUCCCCAUUGUCUCAACAAAAGAAAUGCUUUGUUAGAGAAUGUGACGAAAGACAACAAACAAAUAAUAAGCUGAAUUAUAAUAGUUAUGAUUAUUCUGAAGAAAAUUCUCAAUUGAAUACUACUCAAACAAAGGACGAAUGGUAUGACGAAGAAGAUUAUGGCAGAGAUUACGCUCCCUAUGAAUACAGUAAACUUCGUUCAAAACCCAACAAUGAAGUCAGCGAAGAAAAAGAAAAAUGGAAGAAUGAGAAAGGCUUUGAAGUAGCUAAUCUUUAUAAAGGUAGUCCGAAAUCAUUUCUAAAACCCCUUCAACUAAACAGAAAUUUUAAUCGAUGUUUUAAACCAUUGAUUAAUUCUCCGUGUGCGUCGUCUCACUCAGUAAAAAAUUUUUGGUUCUUCAAUUUUUGUGAGAAUACGUGCAUGUUGUACACCACAGAUGAAUGUGAUUUCAAUGAAAAUAAAUUUACAUCAUUAGAGUUAUGUGAACGCAAUUGUUGGGAACCAAUUAAUAGUGUAUAUAAAUCGGUACUAAGAUUGAAACAGACGCGAAAUUGCUUAAUGGUGCCAAAUCAUCACAACAAAGCAUAUAAAAAUUACUGAUGUUUGCAUAUUUAUGCUUACAUAUAGUAAUAAUAUAUA